AUGGAAAUUGACUGUUCUGGUACUUUUUUCGGUAAAUAUUUCGGGAAGGUCUUUGAUCAAAUUUCAUUUGGUUGUCCUUUCCAAUCUAAUGUGAACAAGAAACUUAUUAAAGAAUAUAAUAGGAAACCUAAAAAGUAUAGGAAGAGUUUGAAUGAUGUUGUUAGGGAUGUGAGGGGUAGAGUUUCUGCUUCACAAUUCACUCAACCUAGAAACCAUUCCAUCAAUCCAAGUGACUAUGAUGAAAAUGAGAUUAAAUAUAUUGAACAAGUAAAUGAAUCUUCAGGAUCUUGUAACUCAACUUGUAACACAGUAUCCUGUAACUUAGGAUCUUGUAAGUCUGGUUUAUAUUUUUUGGGUGCUGGUGUUGGUGCUGUAGGAUUAGGUGCUCUUGGAGCUGUAGCAAUUGUAGCUGUGGGUACAGUAGCCUGUACUGUAUAUCUCUUUGAACAACUUUUAUGUGUUGAUAAAGAAUAUCAAGAGGAACUUAAAGCUCUUCAAGUACCCAAUGUCUAUAGACCUGACAUCUAUAAUAACAUGUAUGAAUAUAAAAGUCCAUAUCGUUAUUAA